AAAAAAACCCCCAGCAACAAGUAAUAGAUAUGUAUACAACAGUCAUCAAGAAGCUCCGCUAAUUUACGUAAUAAUUAAAAUGAAUUUUUUUCAAGCAUUUUCCUAUUUAUCAUAAGAUUAAAACCGAAUUUAUUAAAUCAGUAAAUGAAAUCAAAUGAAAAAUGUACAUGUGCCGUGAAUUUUUUUUUAUUACACUAUUAAAAAUUUCCAUAGAAUUUAUGGAUGAAAGGAAGACGGAAGUAAAAGUGGGGGCAAUUUUUUUUAAAAAUGAAGAAGCAUUGGAGUUAAGUUUCGAUGCCGCGUUCCAGCAAAUCAAUAAUAUAAAGUUAUUUGAAUUACAUUUUAUUACAUUUAAACGCUAUAUGCCUAACGACGACAGUUAUGUGCUGCAACAGUUGACUUGCGAAUUAAUAUCCAAUGGUGUGGCCGCUCUUUUCGGUCCCACAUCAAAGGCCUCAAAUGAUAUCGUGGCCUUAAUAGCCAAUUCAACGGGUAUUCCACACUUACAAUAUGAUUGGAAUAUUGAAACAACUAUCGAGCAAUUACAACUUAAUCAUCGCAUGAGCGUGAAUGUGGCGCCAACGCUGUCAGCCAUCUCAAAAGCGUAUUGGGAUAUCAUUAAAAUAAAUUACGAUUGGAAGACAUUCACAAUAUUUUAUCAGAGUGAACAGGGUUUGACACGUCUACAGGAUUUAAUGGGUAUACAUACGGUUAAUAAGGAUGCAAUUAAAUUAAAACGUAUAACGGAUUAUAGCCAGGAUAUACGAGUGCUUUGGAAAGAAGCUGCAGAGGCUCUGCAUGAACAGCGUUUUAUACUCGAUUGUGAUCCGGAAACUUUGGUUGACCUAUUAAACACCGCUAAGGACUUUAAACUAUUAGGUCCUUUCAAACAAUGGUUUUUGACACACUUGGACUCUCACAGUUCUAGUCUGAAAUUGAUCUAUAAUGAGCAAUUUAAAGCGAAUAUUACCGGAGUGCGCUUGAAACUUAAUGAUCUAAAUCCUUACGAGAGACGAAAGACACGAAUUACUUUAAUCGAUCAAAUCUUUGGAAACCAAACUAUGCUACCAAUUUUGAUGUACGAUGCAGUUAUACUAUAUGCUAAUGCCGCUCGUAAUAUUAUCAUUUCCCUGAAAGAGUAUCAGCAUCCUUACAAGCGCUGCGAUUUAGGUCGCUACGGUCGAAGUCCAUGGCUGGUUGGCCGUUUAAUUGUCAAGGAAAUGAAAGAGCUCUCUGAGGAUGAUGUCGAGCCCCUUUUCAAGACGGAAAAUAUGAAAAUCGACGAGAAUGGCCAGCGUUCUAUAUUCAAUUUGGAAAUUUAUAAGCCUACAGUUAAUGAACCGUUGGCCAUUUGGAAGUCUGAUGGACUUGUAACGCCUAUUCGAAUAAAGCAGGAAUUCCAAGCGGCAGCUGUCAUACCAGAUUUCUCCCAAGUGCGGCGGACCUAUAUAGUGGUGACUCAUUUUGAGGAACCUUAUUUUAUGUUGAAAGCUGACCAUGAAAAUUUUCGAGGUAUGGAGAAAUAUGAAGGUUAUGCAGUUGAUUUGAUACAAAAACUUUCAGAGCUAAUGGAUUUUGAAUACGAUUUUAUGAUAGUCGGUGGUAAUGGCAAAUUUAAUCAGAUCACUAAGGAAUGGGACGGUAUAAUAAGAAAGUUAAUUGAUCAUCAAGCUCAAAUCGGUAUUUCUGAUUUAACCAUUACACAACUGAGACGUAAAUAUGUGGAUUUUACUGUGCCUUUUAUGCAACUCGGUAUUAGUAUUUUAUUUUAUAAAAGAGAUGCUGAGCCAAAGAAUAUGUUUGCUUUUCUGCAACCUUUUGCUAAAGAGGUUUGGAUCUAUUUAAUACUCACCCAACUAAUAAUAACUUUAAUGUUUGUCUUUAUGGCCAGAAUUUCUAAUCAUGAAUGGGAAAAUCCUCAUCCUACCAACCUUGAACCUAUUGAAUUAGAGAAUAAAUGGUAUACCAGCAACUCCGCUUGGCUAAUGAUCGGCUCCAUUAUGCAGCAGGGUUGUGAUAUACUGCCCAGAGGUGGUCCUAUGCGUAUGCUAGUAGGCAUGUGGUGGUUUUUCGCUUUAAUGAUUUUAAGCACUUACACAGCUAAUUUGGCCGCCUUUUUAACCAGUAACAAAAUGCAGAGCACUAUUAAAAGUUUAAAAGACCUCAUCGAACAGGAUUAUGUGAAAUUUGGUACCUUUCACGGCGGUAGUACUUCACAAUUCUUCUCGGAAUCAAAUAAUACCGACUAUCAUAAGGCCUGGAAUCAAAUGAAAUCAUUUCAGCCUUCGGCUUUUACAUCCUCAAAUAAGGAGGGCGUCGAACGGGUUCGCAAAGGUCAAGGGAAUUAUGCUUUUCUAAUGGAAACAACCAGCUUAUCGUAUAAUAUUGAAAGAGAUUGCCAUCUACAGCAGAUUGGUCAUCAGAUUGGAGAGAAACAUUAUGGCUUAGCUGUCCCUUUGGGGGCAGAUUAUCGCACCAAUUUAAGCGUUUCCCUAUUGCAGCUCAGCGAAAAGGGCGAAUUGUACAAAUUGAAAAACAAAUGGUGGAAAAAUCAUAAUAACACUUGUAACGAUAACAAAGAAGCCGAUUUGGAUGGCGAUGAGCUAUCGAUUAUAGAACUGGGUGGUGUUUUUAUGGUCUUGGGCGGCGGUAUUGUGAUAGCAAUUGUUAUUGGUUGUUGUGAAUUUCUUUGGAAUGUGCAACGUGUAGCAGUCGAGGAGAGGGUUACGCCUUGUGAGGCUUUUAAAGCUGAAUUAAUUUUCGCUUUAAAAUUUUGGAUUAAGCGUAAACCGAUACGUAUUUCUAGUGGAAGUAGCACUAGUCGACGAUCUUCACGUUCCACUUCGCGACGUUCCUCCGGUCAGUCAAAACAGUCGAAACGUUCUAAAAUUUCAAAACGUUCGAAACAUUCGAAACGUUCACAUUCGCGUAGUCAUAGUGGUCCGAAAUUUUCGGAGCGAGAUUAAAGUUUUUUUCUA